AUGAAAUCAACGAGGCGGGCCGGCAAGGGCACGGUUGCAGAUGAAAGGACACCGCAACAGGGACGCAGUGACGGAACUCGGACUACUGAAGAUGAUUAUCCUUCACCACCCUUGAUGCCAAGUAGGCCAGGAAGCUAUCAUCAUCUCAACUUUCCUUUGCAAAACGGAACCCGUGGACCGGCCAAAAUCGCGCCAGCUAAAGACCCAAGCUGGAUGAGACCGUAUAUCCUCGAACCGCCUGCUGAAGCCACCAAGCUAUCAUCAGAACGAACCGCGGAUAUUUUCCCAUGGGCGGGAAAUCACCCAGAAGAUGUUCUUUCGGACCAGGCCACAAAACAAGGCUAUUAUGACAAGGUCUCGAUUUCGCAGAAUGAGACGGGUACUGGCCGGACAUCGUUAUGGCCGAUUAUAAAACACAAAUCUGGUCUGCAGAUUUUGUCGUCAUUAUUUGUUUCAGUCCUUGAGCAACGACAGUCAAGGGGCCGAAUAGCAUCUGCAUCAACUUUCAAACCACCUCCACGAGUCACAUUGACGGAUGCUAAACGGGAAGCAUGGCUGCGUGAUCUCGCAAAUCCCUCCGUUCCCCUUCGUCGACUCAGUCGCACAAUUCCUCACGGUAUCAGAGGCCGAAUGCUCCUUGACCAGUGUCUGAGUAAAGGCAUCCCCACUGCAAGGGCGGUUUGGCUGAUAAAGUGCGUUGGCGCCAAUGAAAUCCGGGCGUUUAAGAGGAAAGGGGUCAAUGGUGCUUUUGUGAUGGGCGGCGAAUCUAAAUACUUCAGAGAUUGGACCGUUUUGGUGGAACAAUUCAUGGACAGUCUUAUUGCAGAAUGCGCAACUCCCGGAUGGAAAGACAAGGCGACGUACACAAUACGCCUUUGCGCUCACCUCUACACUGAGUGCCUUCUUGAUAGGAGUCAUUAUUUUGACUGGCUUCUGAAGUCGCUGGAGAUCUGUACUUUAGAUGCACUUCCUAUUUGGCUGCUCAUUAUACAGAUUUUCUGGGAUGAUCUCGUCCGCUCACGAAAGUUUGCAAAGCGUCUUGGCGAAGCACUGCUCUGUAAAUUAAGCCAGGACUCGUCAGCGGUCGACGAAAAUAUUCUUGCUCCAGUCUUGAACCUUGUAUCUCAGUUGGUAUUAAAAUUAUUGACGGAUUGGAGUCGUUGCUUCAUCAUGCCCACUAAAUGGUCGGAGUACCGGACAACCUUGCUUUCGUGCAUUGAACGAGCCGAAUUCGGUGCCCCCAAAUUGCAUUCAACCUUUCGAAACCUAGAUGAGAGAAACCAACGGCUUUUGUUGGAUGGCUCGUUGCGAGACAAUGUUGCUGCGAAUUCCAUUCCCAGGAAGCUCAUUCAAUUCCUCGACUCGCUGAGCCCGAAUUUUGCAGUCGAAGAGAUCACGCCUCUGUGCCUCAAUAUCGCUCAGGAUCCGAGACAGGCUAUAAAUAUUCUCCUAAAGUGGGCAUCGACUCCUUAUAGAGAGGAGUUAUAUCAUUUGUUCAUUGCCGUGCGGGUUUUGCGACAAUUGCAUGGUAAUGGGAUAGACAUCGAUAGCGCAAUCCUGGAUUUUCUAGCGCAGAGUCGCACUCUCCAUGAGCUGCGGAAGCAAGACGUCUUUCAAAUCAUAUCGGAGCUCGUGAGCUCUAGAGACUUUUCUGUGGGCCGGUACCUACAGUGGAUAAUUGCGCGUGGCGGUCUCCUUACCUAUCAGGCUAUAAAUGAUAAUGCCCCUUGCGAUGUUCGACUUCUCGCAGAGUUGCCAACGAAUGACUUACCAGCGCAUCUCAUCAACCUCAGACAAAUGCUGCUUGCUGGAUCUGAAUGUGAUGUCUGCAAGGAGCAACACAUUCUAGCAGAGGCGAAAAGCUCUAUUUCCGCACUGAUUUCCCGUCUUGCGGAGGACGAUUCCUCCAUGGGAGCUACUCAACUUAUUGGACACCCUGACUUCGCAAGUCUCAGUAGAGGCAUGAAAGCUGAGCUGGGAAACUGGCUACGGCAGAUGCUUGCGGCGCAAGUCACUGAAACAGAUGCAAUCAUUGUUGAUAACAAUUGGACUGACGUGGUCAACCAAAAAAUCACAUCAGAAAUCACAUUUCCCCAAUUCUCAACCGUCAGGACGAUAUUAGAAGUGUUCAAUGAAUUUUCCACACUGGCGGAUGUGCUGAAGAUCGUCUCCAUCUCAGAAGACCCCACUGUCCUAGCAUCCGUGGCCGACACGAUCAAUUACCAUUUCAAAGUUUUUGGCGCCCUUGGCGUGCUAGGAUCUCUUUACGAAAGUCUUGUAGAUCGCUAUCGUCUACUGCGAGGCCUCGGCUCACAAUAUCUGAUUUUACUCGCUUCUCUGCUCGAGAUCAUGCCCAAUGUUCCUGAAGAGGUCAAUUGUGCUUCUUUUCUGUUGCUGGAGCGAUCAUUACUGGACCAGAAGUUCCAAGCGAACGCAUCUUCUCCCGUCUCUGAUCACGCUGCAGAUAUGCUCCAGGCUGGCAACUAUGAGGGGCUCGUCGAGGUCGAUCGACUUCUUACCAACGGAAGUAAUAUAGACAAGCUUACUUUCGCCCGCCUCUUCGCAGCUCUCAUUCAAGAAGUGGAGUUGUCUUGGGCAAAACCUAACAAUCCGGGUGAAAGGUGUGCGCGGUCUUUGACGACAUUGCGGCGUUUUGAUUCUUGUCAUUUCGAUGAAAUGAUUGAAGAGUGGCUGGAUGGAUUGCUCCUUUCACGAACGCGACCGGAUCUAAAUGGCAUUCUCCCUGCCCUGAUAGGGGCUGGUUGUUUCUCUCUUUCCACAGUCAUAGUCGCUGCGCGGAAGCGCAUUGAGGAAGUAGCUUGCGAACCCAAUGUGGCAUUCAUUCCAGCCAAAAUCGCUCUAGAAACGAUAUCACUUUUGCUUCAACAGCCAGACACAUCGACAUUUUUCUAUAGCUUCAAUCUCUAUCGAUUUCUUCUCGAGCAGCGUCACUUUGUUGAUGAGCAUGCGGCAGACAUAUUGCACUUUUUUGAAGUCACUGUUCAUUUCGGUCUCAACAACGACAAGCAAGAGAUAUUUCAUGCUGCGGAAACUCCGCCAUUUGAGUCAUUGUUCUCGGUGUUCAUGAGAAGGACAUUGUUGGCUCAUCAGGAGGAUUUUCGUCGAUGUGCUAUUGCAGAAUCAACUCUGAGUCAAACGCAGCUCGCUUCCUAUCUCGAUCAAGCGCUCAACAUCUUGUUUGUUUCAUGUCAUUCUAGUGAUCUGUCCGGCAUUGACUUGGAGAGUCAGCUCCAGAGCAUAAGUCAGAUGGUUGACCCAUUCAACCUCCCAUUUUGCCAGCUUAAACUUCUAGUUGCCUUGCGCUCUGUCGACUUAUCAGCAGAAUCAGGAUGUGCUCCAGAGUACUUAGUUCGACACUUCCUUGAUUCCAUAGGCUCAGAUAAUCAGCGAGAUUCAGCGCUAUGGGCGGAUCUAUUAUCUGGGCUCUCUGAUGCACUCGUCACAGAAGUCCGCGAACAGGCAUUGAAAGAAAUGCUGUCCACGAUUCCGUCUUCCACUGACUUGGAGGGCCACUCGUCCUUCAAGUCACCGUGUUCAGAAGAAAAGUUUGAGAUGUUUUUGGGUUUAAUCAAGGCAACUAUGAUGAAUGCUAUCGAAGGUGGAACCCAAACAUUCUUGAAUUUACUCAUUGAAAAAUUCGGCGCAACACUUCAAAGACUUCAAUCUUCAGAUCUUAUUUCGGACGUCGAUGCGAGCAAGGAGAAGAUUUCAAAUGGAAACUGGCACUUUCUAGGCGAUUUGCGUCGCUGGAUCAUCACUCUUCUUCGGCUGGUACUGAUUCACCAUGGGUCAUUCCGAAAUGAAAAGGUUACAGCAGUGGACAAUACCCGUCUUGCCAUAUGCAUGGCUUCUCUGCUCAUAGACGACGUCUUGCAGCAGGACGCAGAGUUGCUUCAAUUUCUUUUUGACGUUUUAGCCACACUUGUUGACGAGCUCUCCGAUGACGCACGCAUUAAUUGUAUCAAAUUCUUCCAGUCUCAAAUCAGCGACUGGAGGCUCCAAUACCUUUUUGACUACCAUGCAGGCCCAAAUGCAUGGCUACAUGCUUCGUCCAAAGGAAAACUUAUUCCAUACCCACUUCGCCCUUGGGAAAUGCUGGCAGAACCCACCCCAAAUGUCGGCGAUAAUGACGCCAGUCUGAAUCUGACCGCAUUUCAGGCGAGAAAAAUUUAA